AUUUAAAUAUUAUCGUAACGGAUUACUGUAUCAUUUCUAAAGGAAAAUGAAACCUGAUUUGAUGAAGUCAUAAUUGAGUUUCUUUAUUUGUAUACUAACGAAAACAUUUGUUGAAUGGAAAGAAAUAUACAGAUGUAUUUAAAAUUAGUGUUGAACUCAAUUGAGAAUGUAUAUUUAAACAAAUCUUUUUGGUGUUGAGAGCCAAAUGUUUUUUCAACAGUUAACAGUGUCUCAGUAUUUCACAUUUUCCCAGGGAAAUGAAGAAGCUUUGUGAAAUUAAGCUAAUUUGAUGAACUGGUAUUGUUUGCUAUAGCUGUGUAGUUAUUAACAUCCGUUCACCUUUUAUUCCAAUUGGAUACUUACAAAAUCCCUUCACCUUUUAUUCCUAUUGGAUAUACUUACACUGGAAGUAAAUAUUCUGUAUUUCAUUUAGAUUGUGUAUGAAAAAAUAUGGAUACAAAUAAUAUCAUCUUCAGAAAAAGUGAAAAACUGUGAUUCAUCUCAUAUUUUGAGGAAAUCCGGUGGGAAAAAAUUUGGAUUUCAGCUGGAAAUAUUGUUUGAUGGUUACAGAAUUGAGUUGCAGAGAAUUUCAGAAAAUUUUAAAAUAGAAUUGGAAUUCUAUAUAAAAUGAUAAAUUAUUACUUGAUUUAAAAUCUUCUGAUUUGCAGGUGGUAGUUGGAAUUUUGGUUACCCGAAGAAGAAAGGCUUCCGAUGGAGUAUAGAGACUUACAAAUAAUUUUUUUGAAACAACAGGUUGAAAGUUUAUUGAAGAAAAUUGAAUUAUGAAAAAUUUUUAACAUGGUGUGUGAACGAAUAUUAAGUGUUAUGAAAUGAUUUAUGCAAAUGAUAUGCAAAUUCAUGGAAUGCAGUGGAAGAUAUUUGAAGAAUUUGUGAGAUUUAGGCUAUAAAGGAUCAGUUUAUUAGUGUGUUUUGUGAUAUAUAAAAUCAAGUAUUAGGACUAAGUGGAUGAACAUACAAUAUAUAUGUUUGAAAAAAGUUUUUUCCACCCAGAAAUUGAGAAAAGUGUUCAACAAUUACAUAAAUUGAUGGUGUUACAUAGACUGUCACUCAAACCUCAAGUUGUAUCUUAUCUCUGCAUUUUGUCAAGGUUUUUAUGCUAAUUCAGGAUUUAACACAAGAUAAUAUUUGUAGUACAAGUAUGACCACUAUGACCUCAGGAUAGAUAAAUUCUUGAUGCUAUCAUAUAAUAUUGCAUCACUUAACUUAAUGUGUUCAAAAACUGAUCUGUAAUAAUUAAAAGUGCCAAAGUGUAUUCAUUUGAAGAGAUUUUACAGAGCGAACAUUUCUUAAGUGAAUUAUAGAUAACUACUAUUCAUGUGUUGGAAAACAUUUACUUGUAUGAAUAUAAAUAGAUAUAAAACAUACUGUUUAUAAUAAAUGACAAAAUAAACAAAAUGGUGUCUGCAUACCUUUUACCACCUCUGCCUAGCAGACCAACAAAAGUUGUAGCAGUUCCACGAUAUCAUCCUAAACGUCUACGUCAGUCGCCUACAUUACCCAUAGUUCCAUUGAUUAAACAUGAACGUCAAAGAAAACGUAAACUUGGAUGUGGACUCCUGCCACCAAUUGUUGUGGACAGUAGAUUGUUAGCAUUUAGAAGUAGAACACGGACAAGAUUAAAUCUGUCACUGCUCGAUUCACAGAAGUCAAAGGGAGUUUUAAAUACAGAUUUCCCAGAAGACAAAUCUGAAGCAUCUAGUCGAUCCGGAUCAAUCAAGGGAAAAACACUUAAACGCAGGAGUAAAGAUAAAGAUGUGACAUUCAGUGCAGUGGUAUCAAUAUUAAAAUUUGCUACUUCACCUUUGCCAUUUGAUAAUGCAGAAGGUGAAAAAGAAUAUGUCGGCAGUGUUCCAGUGGCCAGUGUCCGUGGUGACCAGUCUAGUGUGCCACAGUUGCCUCAUAUUAGUGGGGCAAUGCCCCUCACACCUAUUGGAGAGGCCAGUCGUGAGGGGACAAGAAUGACAAUUCCUGUUUCUCUGCCACCUAUAGGACAAGAUCAGGGUAUUGAUGGUGUACCCCUGUUAACUGUAAUACCUCCAACCCCUCAACAUUCUAGCUUAACUGCUUCUCCUACUAAGAUGGUGAAAGAUUCCAAGCUUCUUCCUCAGGAUGAAGGCAAUGAAGAGUUUUCCGAUGAGAGUGGUGUCGGUGUGAAGACAGAGAGAACUGACAGGCGUUAUGGGGAGGAAACAGAAAGAAAGAGGAGAGUACGGAAAAUAAAGGCUGAAAAUACAGGCCCUUCUGUAUCUGGAGGUUACCACUUACACAGCAGUACAGAGAGUCUUGGAGGACCAGAUAGUGCCCACUCUCUGCCAACAGCCAAGCCACUAAGAACACAUUGGAAGGGCAGCACUCAGAGUCUCAAAAGUGAUCGAUCUAAGAAAGGAUCGAGUAGUUUACCCGAGGACAGUAAUAAAGGUAGCAUAGUGAUUGGUCCAGACGGGGAGCCCAUUAGUGUGGGCGGGCAUAUUGAAGCCCACACUCGCCCAGAACAACAACAUAUUGAAAAUGUUGGCGAUGCUAAUCGUUACUUUGGUAGAGGUUCUAGUUUGUCAGACAUAUUAAUUGAUAAAUACAAAUCAGAUUUGAUAAGUGACCAGGAAUCUGAUGACGAACCAGACGUUUGGAAGAGGAGACGAGGCGUCCAAAGGGAGGACAUGAGAAAUUAUGCACAUAAAAGAGAAAAAAGACCUAUACCGCCUAGAAGACCAAUAGUUCAGCGGCAGCCUAGUCUAAAAUCAAAAUCUAAUUCUUUAUCAUCAUUUAAUAAAACCGUACGAUUUUCUGCCUCGUCUAAGGACAAAGAUGAGGGCUUUGAAGAAAUAGACUAUACAGGUGGCGAUAUCGAUGCCACUCUGUCUAUAAACUCAUGGAGUUACCAACCCAGAGACACAGAUCCAGAAUUUGUUGGUAUUGUAAGCCAAAUGAACAGAGCUAGCAGUUUACCAGGAAUGCCUUUUCGUUCAGAUGAAAACACAAAAGAAUUUACACAGCUACUAAGCAGAGCCACUGAAAAAACAGAAGAAGGCAUGGAGUAUCCAGGAGAAAUGAGUCCUGAUAAAUCAGUAGACAUUUCUCACGUCUCAGUACCAGUAGCUAAACCAGGGACUGCCCCUACUGAUGGGCAUAUCACUCCAGGAACUCCGAUAAACACUGAGGACAAUCAAGGUUUGGUUUCCAGAUUGUCCCGUCAUGAAGAAGAGGUUUUUGAUGAUGGAUCAGCAGAACGGCAAAUGUCCCGAGAAAGUGACGGGAGACGGAGUAUCAGUCGUAGUAAACUUUCUGAUAAGAGGAAAAGUAUGUCACAGUCAGAAAUGAAGUCUGAUAUUAAGAUUGGUAUUAGUGAUCAAGGGAGACGAUCCAGUAUGUCAGAUGCUGAACGUAAAGCUAGUACGUUGUCCAAGCGAGAAGGAAGAGCUUCCAAGGUCUCUAUUCAUAGCUAUUCCCGAACAUCCAGUCGUCAUGAUCCAGAGACCCCAAUUGCAGACCCCUUGCUGGAGACUGAGCAAGAACAUGGACUAGAUACUCCAAGAGAAGACCAAGAAGGUGAAAGGGAGACCAAUUCUUUGGAAAAAUCCAAUAGUCAUAAAUCUUUACAUGAAGGGGCAGUAACUCCACCUCUCGAAGAGGAAAAGGAACCUGAUACUGAUGGAAAAGAAUCAGAUAAACAGAGCAGGAAAAAAUCUCAAUCAUCAUUGGGAACUGUUGCCCCUUCAAGACCAGGUAGUCAAAAACAAAUAGUUAUCCCAUCUGGAUCUGAAUCAACUCCUUCCCCAACCAAUGAAAAACCUUCCUCUCCUGCACUUCCUUCAGAUUACAAGGUAGGCUCCGCCUCCUCCAAGAUUGAAGAUGAAUCAGGGCCUACUGAGGAAGCAGAUCAUGCUGAAUCGGGGCCUGGUGAAGAUGUGGCUCAUGCAGAAUCAGGGCCUUCUGAGAAACUUAAUAGAGAAGGAUCAGGCCAAUCGUUACAAUCACAACAGAUCUCAGAGAAAGAUAUUAUUAAUGUGUUGGAGGAUACAGCCAGACAUAUCGCUGCAUCCACACUUAGUAGAAGUGACAGUGGCCAGGAUCUGGAAAAAGAUGCUAGACAAGCGGCUGAGUUAUGGUUAGAAAAGAAUGCCCCUCGUAUCAUUUCCAGAAGCCAAUCAGUUCAAGAUACACAAGGAGAUCAAGCUGCAAUAAGGUCGGCGGUGGAGAAUGGUCGUAAGAGUGCCGGACCUACUGCUGGUGAAUACAAAGAUCUCAUCAAAGAAAAACUACAGACUGCCUUAUCAAAUACAGAUGGGGAGUCUAUUCCACAAAUUCCGGAUGACGCUGAAUUAAGUCCUGAAUUACUGGAGGCAUUGAAGAACAACUCCGUCACGCCAGAGGACAUAGAGAUUGUAAAAGACGAAGAGACUGGAAAAAGUGUUGUCAGGUCAAGAAGUCAAAUGUCAGCUGCCAUGGGUGGGGUCAAGGAAGGUCAUAUUUAUGUUCCUGUUGCCAAAAACAGCAACAAACAGCAUGGCACCAUACCUACCGACCGCCAGUCAAAUGCUGACCUAGGAGAAAUUGAAGUUAUUAAUUAUGGUGCAAGGUCAUCAGAUGCUGGGUCAAAGGUCGGAUCAGCUAGGACCCACUCAAGUAAAAAAUCAGAAAAAUUGUCAGAUAAGGCACCGUCAGAGAAAUCGUCAGAAAAAGGAGGGAAAUCUCAACCUCCAUCAGUUUUGGGUGAAUCUAUUGUAGAAGAGGAUGAACAGGAAGAUAUGAAAUCACAAAGGUCAGGAGGUCAAAUGUCUCAGAAAGAGGUCGAGGAACCAGAGGAUGAAUUUAAGAAAGCUUUAGUGGAAGUUGAAAAGGUCAAUGAAGCGGAACAACAGAAGGAUCCUGGCCGACAGAGCGUUGUGAGUAAAAAGAGUGAGACGAGUGCAGUAUCAGAUAAAAAGAGUGCCGUGUCAGAUGACAAAAAGAGUGUACAUACAGAGAAAUCUGAUGCUAAGAAAGCGGUAGCUAAGAAAGAAGAAUUUGUAGUAGGAAUGGUAAAAAAUAAAAAUGAAAAUGAGGCUUUAUACGGAGGUGUGACUCCGCCACCAAAAGGCGCAACGCCACCUAAUGAAGGAAAAGUUAACACAAAGGGAGAACUGGAGAAAUUGUUUGGAGAAUUAGGUCUCCCUCCCACUAAACCGACUACCAAGAAAAAGGGUAAGCCAAAGGACACCAAAGGUAAGAAAGCACCUGCCAAGAAACCAGGCAAGGCAACGAAAGGCAAAAAGGCAAAGGACGAGGAGCCUAAACCUACUCCUGUUGAGGAGCCUCCUACAGAGGAACCACCUCCUAAGGAGCCUACACCUCCUCCUUCACUACCACCAUUGGAGGAUAAAGGUGCUUCUGAUAAUGAAUCAGAUAAGAGGUCGAAAGUUUCUACAAGGUCAAAAGCUAGUACAACAAAUCUAAGGAAAUUUCAGUCAAAGGAGUCAAUUGCUGAGACUGCUAAAUCGUCUGAGAGUGACUUUGAGUUCCACUUUGUACGGGAAACACCAUCGCCAUCACCCCCACCACCACCAAAACCACCGUCCACGAUACCAUCAGUUGACGAUGAACCAACAGACGAUGACGAGAAACAGGAAGGAGAGGAUGAUGAAGCUGCCAGAUUACGAAUGAUUUCCAAUCGUGAAGCUAGGGCAGCCAAACGUGCAGCACAAGCUGCCAAGCGUAAAGAGGACGUGGAAAGGAAACGACGAGAGAAAGAAGAACAAGCAAGAAGGGAGAGAGAUGAACAAGAAAGGGCUGAACAACUUAAGAGGGAAAUGGAGGCUGAGAGACGCAAAACACUCGAGGCAAAACGACAAAGAAAAAUGGAAGAAGAUGAAGAACGAGAAAGAGAGGCCCAGUUAGAAGAGGAGAAAAUGGCCAAACAAAAAGCUGAGGCAGAGAAAGAGAGAAGAAGGAAGGAGGAAUAUCAACGUAAACUUGAAGAAAUGAAGAGGAAACAGGCAGAGGAGGAACAGAAACGUUAUGAGGAGAUGUUAGAGAGACAGAGAGAGGAAGAAGAGAGAAGGAAGGAAGAGGAGGAAAUGAUGGCAAAGAUGGCUGAGGAAGAGAGGUUGGAGUAUGAGAGAAAGAAGAAAUUAGAGGAAGAGGAAAGGAAAAGGAAAGAAGAGGAAGACAAGAAAAGACGAGAAGAAGAAGCUCAGAGAGCGAUGGAAGAAGCAAGAAGACUUGCAGAAGAAAUGGCAAGGAAACAAGCCGAGAUGGAAGCUAGACUUAAAUUUAAUCGAACAUUACAAGUGGAGGCUCGUGGACUGGAUCAUUCACAUAACAUUACAGAAGCCUUUGUGUUCUCAUACUUUGAAUUAUUGAAUUGGUUUGGGUUAGACGUUCCAGAAUUUGAACUCUUGAAAUUAAGCCAGUAUUAGUGCUGUACUUUCAAUUAUUGAAACAUUUGAAUUGGUUUGGGUUGGACAAUCCAGAAUUCAAAAGUUCUAUUCUAGAACUCGUGAAAUUAAGCCAGUAUUAGUGUCCUAAUUUCUAAUAUUGAAUUGGAAUUGGUUGAACAUUCCAGAUUUCCAAAGUUCUUUACUUGAACUAUUGAAAUUAAGCCAGUUUUAGUGUCGCUAGUUGAAAAUUGGUUAGGAUGUUUUAAACAAAUGGAAAUGGCUAAGUAAUUCUGAGCUUUGUCAAAAAAAUCAUUAAUUCUAUAUAUUUGAAGACCAAACUAUCAACUGAUCUUUUUUCAUUGCAAAUUGAGAUCGUAUUUCAGAAUGAUAUGAAAACUAUGUGUAGGAAGAAAUAAUAUGUUUUUGAGAUGGUCCCUAUUUUUGUUACCAUAGAGAUGAUCCAGUGCAAAGAAAGCUUUUCUGUGAUAUUUUGUUGAUGUUUCAAAAGAGUCAUAGUUCUUGAUAACGGAGAUAUGUAGUAGUUUGACAGAACUUUUUAAAUAAACUUGAAAAAAAUACAGAUUUUUAUACUUUUUCUUUCUACUGCUUUAAUUUAAAUUUUUUAAUCUAAAGGAAUUGAAAAAUUAAAUAAUUUUGAUAGAUUUCCAUAUUAUGCUUAGGUUGUUUUUAAUCAAAAUAUGACAACCAUUUUGUUUUUUUACAACAACUUAAUAAUCGGACCUGAUGUGACCUUGUGGGGUUAAACAUAGUAGUAUUAAAGGGAGAAUUAAAUUAUUUUUUUAUAAACCAAAUUUCUUUUCUUCUUUUUUUUAUUUAAUAAAAAUAUAAAUUAUUUUGCAUUUAUAUGAUAUUUUACAUUUAUAUAAUAUUUUGCAUUUAUGAUGCUUAUUUAUAUUUAUGAUCACAUGCUUUUAUUUAUACUGUAGUUUUUAAACUAGCACACAUUUACAUGUUAAAAGUUUGGCCAAUGGAUAAUUGUUGAUGCAUUUAUUAUAUUUUAUAUGUAAUAUAUUAAAGGAUUUAAAAAUUUUGCUCUCAAAUCAUGAUAAAAAAAGUUUAAAAAUUCUAUUUAGGGAAAUUGGAAGUUUAAAAUAAAAAGCCAAUAGAAUUUCAGUGCCAAGUAACAUAAAAAUAUUUUGAUGUUCAGAGUGCCAAUUUAGUUUGCUUUCAUUUCAUUGAUCAGAUUUUUACUGAUAUUGUCCAAUCCUAUUGCUGCUACUUGAUAUUAACUUUGUUGUUAUUCAGCUAUGAAUCAAUGUAAUUGUUUAUUAUCUACAGAUGGGAGCAGAUGAAACAUUCCAUUGUGUUUACAAUAAUUAUCAGUAUAUUUUUCCAAAUGAUUAUUUUGAAAGUCAAAAUCAGCAUCCUUCUCAUUUUCCAUGACUAGUAAAUUUAUUCAGGUUUGUAAACAAAAAUUACCUUCCUUGUUUGGCUAGUUAUUUCUUGAAUAGAAAAUUUAACAAAAAAAUCGAGUAGUAUUUUAUGUCAAGUUUAUUUUCAGAAGGAACUUUUCUGCCUUUUUGAUUAUAUUUCUUAUCAACUAGCUCUCAGUGCCUCUCGCAAACCAAAUAUUCUUGUAAAAUAGAUUCUGUAACAAAAACAUUUUAACACAUGUUGGAAGUUGAUCAAACCAUAUAUAUAGAAUGUUACAUCUGCACCUAACUGUAUUGUUGAAAAUGUGGAUGCAAUCAUCAUUGUUAAGUAGGUUUUAUAGAUUUUAUAUGUCUUAUUGUUGAUUUUAUUGUGUAAAAUGUUUUCUUUUUGUAAUCCGUCCAAAAUGGAGUCUUUCAAUAAAAUCUGUUUGCUUUAAGCUUCCGCACAUUUUCUGUGAAAUGGGUUCUAUUAAAAAGAUGGAAAUCUAUUUUUAGAUUUUUAUAGAUUUGUUAAGGGUAAUGAUCUUGUAGUGAACCAAAAGGGUUCUAAUUAUUUUCGUCAUAGAAUAACUCUGGUGGAAUAAAUAGAUGUCAGUAUAUUCUUAUGAAAGAUAUAUUUUGAACCAGUUCAAACUGAUUUGGAAGUCUUUUUUAUAUAUUGCUUAUUGUUUCAACCAUGGAAGUAUUAUAUUCAACCUACAUUUAUGUUGAAAUUAAAAAAAAACUUUUUUUUUUCAAAAUUUAUUUUUUUUUUUUUUUGUCUGCAAAUUCUAUAAAUAUUUUAAUUUACAUUAGAAAAAUCCACUGUCCUUUUUAUAGAAAUCACUUAAGAAUGGUGUACUUAUCUGUUUUCCGACAUUCCAAAACAUUUAGUUAUAAAUAGAUUUAUAUUUAUGAAAAUCCUCAUUGCUGUUUAUAUUUAUAGUCUUGCCAUUGUUUUUGUAAGUUAAGCUGUUUUUGUAAGGGGAGAUAAUUAUUGAAGACUAAUUUGCAUAAUAUCAAAUUAAAAACAAUGUGCUUAAGAAACUAUUUUGGAUGUAUUUUUGUAACUGUUAAUAUAAAAAAAAAAAAUAUAUUUAAGCUAUAUUUUUUAUUUAAAUAUUUGAAAUUUUAUGAAUGUAUUUUCCAACAACUUUUCAAAGAUUUUUGAAAGUUAUUAAGUUGUACAAGUAUGAUUUUAAAAAUCACCUUAUUUUUCAAUACCAGUUUUACUUUAUUUCUAUUUUUUUCAUAUUGUGUUUACAGAUUAAUAGUUUAAUAUAUUUUUGUCUACCUUAAAUUAUAAGCUAAAACCCUUUUUUAUAUUUGAAAAUUAUUUCUAAAAAUAAAAUUUUACAUGUCGGUUUGGGAGGUGUCAAUAUAAUUUAUUUUACAUAACUUUCAUGUUUAAAUCAUUGAUACAACUCUUGCAGAUGUUUAUGGUUACAAAUAAACUCUGUUUAUGAAUGA